UAAUUAAUUAAUUAUAUUUCGGCUAAUUUAUGUUUAAUUACGAUUUAGUAUACGUUGCGGACAUGUACGAUUUCAUCCGAUAACGGCGGAUGUAAAGAUGGCGAGGGAGUGGUUGACAUAAGUCCUCUGUUUCGACAUCAGGAAGUUUGUUUAUCUAAUACGAAUCAGUAUUAGAUAUAACGAUGAUAGAUAAGUAAUAGUUGAUACUGGUAAUUUGAGGAGCGUGUAUGUGUGAGUGUGUGUACAGUAAAUAGGAAGAUGAGUGUGUUUAGUGAUUUUCAAACAGCCUGGGCUCAACGUUUUCCUGGAUGCGAGUUGCCAAAAGCUUGGGAAGAUGAUGUUCGAGCGAAUUUGGCUAAACAUCAGCACAGGGUAUCUUAUCUUAGAGAAGAAUUAGAAAAAGAAGAAUUCUAUGUAGAAUACUUGGAAAGUUUAUUGGCUGAUGUCGAUAGAGUUAAAAAAUCCUAUGGAAGCGAAGCCAGUGCUGUUGGCGAAGAAAAAUCGUCACAUUCGAGCGAUUAUAAUAGACGCAGCUUGCAGAACAGCUGUGAAACGCUGGAAGGAGGGUUUGACGGAGCUUCCUGCGAAAGCCUGUUCGAUAAACACGGCGGCAGUGGUGUUCGAGAAGGCAGUGAAAAGGAGAAUGUCCCCGUUACGAAUCCGGAGAGUCAGACAAGUAAGAAAGUCGGAAGCAGCAGCAGUAGGACGAGCACUGCCAGUUCCUCCAGCCUUCACGAGGGUGCAAGCGCCGAUUAUGACGGAGAACAUUCCAAUCCGUAUGUGACGGUCAUCGAAGUUGGAGGUGGUGCCGGACAGUCCGAUGCGCAGGGUCGCGGCGAGAAGAUUCGCCCGUCUGGGUCGGAAUCAUCCAUUAGUGAAACUGCGGUUGGUUGCGAAGAGACGAGUAAACACAGACUGGAAGAGAAAAGAAGUUCAGGAUCAUACCAGAAGAAGAAACCGCCGACGCCUCCUCCUAAAAAGUCUAGAAAUUUAAUUUCGACACAGCUCAGUAGGACUGAAUUAAAACUGAAUAAAUCCAAAGUGUCCAGUGAUUUGCCAAUCGUGGGGCAGCUGAAAAACGAUUUGAAACAGAAUGAGACGGAAGCUACAAAAUUGCCAGGAAAUAUUGAAAAAUUGGAUUCUAAUUCGUUUCGUCCUCCUUUACCACCCAAACACGAAAUAAGUCAAGAAUUAUUAGACUGUUUGCAUUCCCCGUUGCAAGAAACAGAAAAUUUUGAAUUUGACAAUGGCAACGUGACUAAUACUAACCAAGAAGGGAAUGAUAAAACUUCUUUGCAGCUAGAUUAUUUUAACGACAAUCAGACUAUAUACGAUACAGUGGCACCCGACGAAGUUGUACAAACUGAUCUUCCAGAAAAUACGUACCGUUUAUCACAAAAUUUAUCAAAUAAUAAUACCAUAGAUAAUGCAGAAAGCGAAGGCGAUUAUGUUGUAUUUUCGGAAUGUGCUUUUAUUCCACAGAAAAGCAUAUCACACGAUAUUCCAGUGUCAAAAUCUGUUACUAGUGGUGAUUCGAAUAAAGGUCUAGACAGUCCAGAUUAUGCAACAUAUAUGAAUAUUGAUUACUUCUUGAAGAAGAAAGAGAAAUUCAGUAUAACUUCGCACGGAGAAUCAUUUGCCGUAGAUUCGGACGACGACGAUCAUGACGACGCCUUAUUAGUACAUUCUUUUUCUAGUGAUCAAGAAUUGGGCGAUAGUGGGACGACAAACGAGGAUGUUAAAGGUUUAGAAAGUAAUCCAUCAACUGUAACCGACGAUGUGUUUGAUGUAGAUUCUGGUGUUUAUAGCAGCUCUGUUGAAUCGACUUCGUGUUUAUAUGCAUCUGGAUCUUCCACACCUCCCAAUAACCAAAAAGUAAGAAGAGGAAAAUNAUUUAUUAAUAUAUUCAUUUAGUAUAUGAAGGCUCUAAAGGCAACUAUUGGGACAUCGCAGCCAUUACUUUCCUUAGAAGAUUUCAACACAGUAUUUUUUAGGAUUCCAGAAUUGCAUAAUAUCCAUUUGAGUUUUCUUCAAGGAUUAAAAGCCUAUACUGAAAGUCAAGAUGGAAAACAUGCAGUUGGAGAACAUUUUAAAAUAUUGGCUAGCAAGUUGGGUGUUUAUGCAGCUUUUCUUCAGAACUAUUCUAAAGCAAUUGAAACUGUAAAAAAGUGUAGUGUUGAAAAUGCAAAAUUUGCAGAAAUUAUUAAGAAAAGAGAAUUUAUUAAUAUAUUCAUUUAGUAUAUGAAGGCUCUAAAGGCAACUAUUGGGACAUCGCAGCCAUUACUUUCCUUAGAAGAUUUCAACACAGUAUUUUUUAGGAUUCCAGAAUUGCAUAAUAUCCAUUUGAGUUUUCUUCAAGGAUUAAAAGCCUAUACUGAAAGUCAAGAUGGAAAACAUGCAGUUGGAGAACAUUUUAAAAUAUUGGCUAGCAAGUUGGGUGUUUAUGCAGCUUUUCUUCAGAACUAUUCUAAAGCAAUUGAAACUGUAAAAAAGUGUAGUGUUGAAAAUGCAAAAUUUGCAGAAAUUAUUAAGAGCAUUAAAUUAAAAUAUAUGAAAGGACAAGCCACAACAUUAGAAGAUUUACUUCAUAAACCUGUAGCUAGAGUUCAGAAAAAUGCCUUGGUCUUGCAUGAUUUAUUAAGAUACACUCCCCAGUCCUGUCCUGAUCAAAAAACUCUGAAAUUGGCAUUAAAAAUGACUCAGUGUUUCUUGAAUGAUUUGAAUUUUACUGCUACUGAUAAUAUGUUUCCAGAUUUAUUAAGAUACACUCCCCAGUCCUGUCCUGAUCAAAAAACUCUGAAAUUGGCAUUAAAAAUGACUCAGUGUUUCUUGAAUGAUUUGAAUUUUACUGCUACUGAUAAUAUGUUUCCAGUUCCAGACAGAGCACAAAGGCACUUGGUCAAAAACAGUUUCAUAGUAGAGUUAUCGGAAGGCCAUCGCAAGUUGAGGCAUUUGUUUUUAUUCAAUGAUGUUGUUGUUUGUGCCAAAUAUAAACCUUCUGCUAGGCAAAAGUUUACAUUUGAAAUAAAAUGGUAUAUACCUUUAGUAGAGGUUGUAUUGCCAAGUCAUGAAAGUGAUCAAGAAACGGCACAAGAGAAUUCACCUUUUGAUAUUUUAAUGUUAAAAUCACGAGCUAGUAAUGUUAGAGACCAGAUUUUAAAAGAAGAACGAAUUCAUCAAGCCAAAGAUAAGCAAAAAGUUGCUGGUAGAAAUUUAGAUAAGCAAAAGAAGAAGCUUGCUGAACUGGAAGCCCAACUUGUUUUAGCUUCUCCUAAUUUAAUAUUUCGUCUCAGUCAAAAAAAUAGCAAAACAUACACAUUUUUCUUAUCUUCAGAGUUUGAGAGAACCCAGUGGAUUGAAGCAAUUGGCAUUCUUCAGUCAUCAGCACCUGCAACCACUCUUCCUCUUAGUACAUAUGAAUUGCAAGCAUGGAUAACAUCUUGUAGAAAACAUUUAGGAACAAACCUAGGUUCAUUUCUUUUGAGAUCAGAUAAAGAUGAAGAUUUGUUAGUGGGUGACCUCUAUUUAGUGGUACAUUGUUUGCAUGGACUGUCCAGGCCAUCGGACAUCUAUCUCUGCUUUGAAGUAGAUUCAUACGGACAUUUUUUUAACAAGGCUAAAACAAAAAUUUGCAGAAAUUCACCUGAUGUAUGUUUUAAUCAAGAUUUUGUUAUCGAACUGGAAGGAUCGCAGACACUUCGAAUAUUGUGCUAUGAGAAUCAUCCCACUCAAGGUGCUAUUCUAAGAGGAAAGGCUGCAUUAGAACUGACACGUUUGUGGCUAAAUGAUAAAAUGCAAGAAAAAUCCAUAAGUUUGCAAGAAUUCAUGUUGACCGUCAGUUUGAAAUUUGUGUCAGCAGAAACAAUAUUGCAAAGGAUUCCGUCUUCAAAAACGGUCGGUCUUUUCGGAGUUAAAAUACAACAAGUCUGCAAAAAAGAGAAAUCAUCCGUACCGUUUAUCAUCACCAGUUGUAUACGAGAGGUGGAGAGGAGAGGGAUGAAUGAAAUUGGAAUCUAUAGAGUUUCUGGUUCAGCAUCCGACGUUCAGAAGCUGAAGAAAACAUUUGAAACUAACGUUUAUGAAGCUGAACAGUUACUGAAAGAAGUGGACAUUCACACCGUGACGGGGCUUCUCAAAUUAUAUUUACGAGAAUUGCCGGAAGCUCUGUUUACUGACCAUCUUUAUCCAAAAUUCUUCUCUGCAUUCACAUUUCAUGAUCAAGACGAAAAGAGAAAGCAGCUAUUAGCAUUAUUUGAAACACUGCCACAGGUUAACCAAGCAAUCAUUUUACAUCUACUUGACCAUUUAGUGAGGGUCAAUCAUCAUGAAGCCAACAACAAAAUGUCAUUACACAAUCUGGCUACGGUUUUCGGACCGACUGUUCUGAGGCAGGGGAGCAAUUCAUCCAAUUCCAACCCCACGGACCUUCUGACCGCAGGGACAGUGGACGUCAUGGCACAGGCGGGCAUCCUCUAUUUCUUUCUGAAGAGGAGGGCAUCGGGACUUCUGGUCAAGACAGAACCAGAACCAGCCGCCAAACAGUAAUUUUAUAAUUCAUGU